GCUUGUUGGAGAGGGUACAAGCAGCGCAGAGCUUACCUGGAGAGGCUGCGCUACCUGCGAGCCAACGCAGAUGCUGCGAUAAAGAUCCAGGCAGGCGCAAGGAUGUGGCAGGCUCGGAGAAGGUACCAGGAGAGGCUGCGCUACUUCAGGCAGAACAUUAAAGCUGUAAUUAAAAUCCAGGCUUUUGUGCGAGCUAACAAGGCCCGCGGGGAUUACAGGAUGCUGGUUCACGCCAGGAGCCCGCCGCUGAGCGUUGUCCGGCGCUUCAUCCACUUGCUGGAGCAGAGCCAGCACGACUUCUGGGAGGAGUCGGAGGUGCUGCGUCUGCGGGAGGAGGUGGUGAAGAGGAUCCGCGCCAACCGGCAGCUGGAGAGUGACCUGGACCUCAUGGACAUCAAGAUCGGGCUGCUGGUCAAGAACAGGAUCACGCUGCAGGAGGUCGUCUCCCACUGCAAGAAGCUGACCAAGAAGAACAAGGAGCAGCUCUCAGAGAUGAUGUCUGUAGACAAGCAGAAGGGGCUCAAGUCGCUCAGCAAGGAGAAGCGGCAGAAGCUGGAGGCCUACCAGCAUCUCUUCUACCUGCUGCAGACACAGCCUGUGUACUUGGCCAGGCUGAUCUUCCAGAUGCCCCAGAACAAGUCUACUAAGUUCAUGGAGUCGGUGAUCUUUACGCUUUACAACUAUGCAUCCAACCCACGGGAGGCUUACCUGCUGCUCCAGCUCUUCAAAGCGGCGCUGCAGGAGGAGAUCAGGUCCAAGGUGGACCAUGUCCAUGACAUCCUGACGGGGAACGCCACGGUGAUCCGGCUGGUGGUCAGCUUCUACCGCAACGCACGUGGGCAGAACGCCCUGCGGCAGAUCCUGGGUGGCCCGGUACAGGAGGUUCUGCAGGACAAGACCCUCAGCAUCCGCACCAACCCUGUGGAUAUCUACAAGGCGUGGAUCAACCAGACCGAGUCGCAGAGUGGGCAGAAAAGCAAACUCCCGUACGAGGUCAGUCCUGAGCAGGCUCUCAGCCACCCCGAGGUCCAGAGGCGGCUGGAUAUUUCUAUCCGCAACCUCCUCACGAUGACGGACAAGUUCGUCUCUGCCAUCACCUCUUCUGUAGACAAGAUCCCCUAUGGGAUGCGCUACGUUGCCAAAAUCCUGAGGAUGUCCUUGGCUGAGAAAUUCCCCAAGGCCUCAGCAGAGGAGAUCGACAAGAUUGUGGGGCACCUGCUCUACUACCGCUUCAUGAACCCGGCAGUGGUGGCCCCCGACGGCUUCGACAUCGUGGACAUCUCGGCCGGGGUGACCCUGCAUCCUGACCACCGCCGCAGCCUGGGCUCCGUCGCCAAAGUGCUGCAGCAUGCGGCUGCCCACAAGGCCUUUGACGGGGAGAACGCACAUCUCUGCGGGGUGAACCAGUACCUGGAGGACACCCACAACAAGUUCAGGAGGUUCAUCUCUGCUGCCUGCUGUGUCCCUGAGCCAGAAGAGAGGUUUAACAUGGACGAGUACUCGGAGAUGGUGGCGGUGGCCAAACCAGUCAUCUACAUCACAGUGGGGGAGCUCAUCAACACGCACAAGCUCCUGCUCGAGCACCAGGACUCCAUCGCGCCGCAUCACGGAGAUCCCCUGCACGAGCUUCUGGAAGAUCUUGACGAGCUUCCUACGGUCCAAUCCCUCGUUGGGGAGAACGUUGCCGGCCCGGCAGACGGCAGUGCCGAGCAGGUGCUCUCCCAGCUCAGCAAAAUGGAGAUCUCCCUCACCCUCACCGGCAAGCUGGUGCCGGUGGCCAGCAGCGAGGAGAGCGACACGAGGAGCUUGUUGCUGAGCACCAAGCAGAUGCUGGUGGACGUGAUCCAGUCCCAGCCAGGAGAUUCCCUCCCGGAGAUCCUGUGGACACCGGCCUCUGAGCACGAGGAAGCCUCCCACGACCACCUCAUGCGCCGGCGAGCGCUGCAGGACGCCCAGACCCCUGCCAAGCUGAAACGCAACCGCUCCCUGGCUGCGAACAGCCAGCUGUCCAUGGAGGAGAAGAAGCGCAAGAUCAUCCGCAACCUGCGGCGCUUGGAGAGCCUGGGGCUCGUGGACUCUGCCCGUCAGUACCAGGAGCUCAUCGACGAGCUGGCCAAGGACAUCUGCAACCAGAGGCGUUACCGACAGCACCGCAAAGGGGAGCUCCUGAAGCUGAGACAGACCCUGCAGGGCCUCAACGCCAAGACCUUGUUUUACGAGGAGCAAAUUGAUUAUUACAACCAGUACAUCAAGACCUGCCUCGACAACCUGGCAGCCAGCAACAAGGUGAGCGGGAAGAACAAGAAGCUGCAGUCGCUGCGCUACACGGCGGCGCGGCUGUUGGAGAAGGGGGUGCUGCUGGAGAUCGAGGACUUGCCGCCCAGCCAGUUCAGGAACGUGAUUUUUGACAUCAUCCCCUGCGAGGAAUCGGGCAGGUUCCAAGUCAAAGCCAAAUUCAUGGGGAUCGACAUGGAGCGGUUCCAGCUGCACUACCAG